GUUGAACCGUUCCUCCGAGUAUUUAUCAUUUAUGUAUUGAAUUGAAUUGCAAGGCUGGUUGGCUGGCUGGUUCCGCACUGGGUCCUUGAGCGCUGGGGAUUCUAAUUCCGUCCGACACGGCUCUUCUCUUCCGACCUUCCUGAUGAUGUUGAGACGAGACGCGAUGUGGUCAUGUUGGUAUAUAAGCUUUGGGUUGUGGAUGCAUGACCCUUUGGACCUACCUUGGACUUUGAUCCCUUCGUCCCUCUGUACUAUCGUUCCUUCGAUCUUACCCGUCUUCCCACUCCCCUCUUGGUAUCUGCAUCCGUAUUGCGAACCCGGAGUGCGCGACGAGCAAUGGCUGUCAUACAAAACACAGUUUCGGGUGCUGCGAAUCGGCGGAGAGCCCUCGCCGGUCAAUCUGGUUGGGCUGGGUUGUUGCACAAUCGACGUGUAUUCGCGAUAGCUGUAUUCGCGUCGCUCGGUGGAUUACUUUAUGGGUACAACCAAGGUGUAUUCUCAGGUGUCCUAACCAUGUACACCUUCGAGCAACGGAUGGGUGACGCAGUCUCCAAUACCGGAAAGAAGGGAUGGCUUGUCGCGAUUUUGGAGUUGGGAGCUUGGUUCGGUGUUUUGUGUACCGGUUAUCUUGCAGAUAAGUUAUCUAGGAAGUACACGAUUGUCCUCGCUGUUUGUGUAUUCUGCGUUGGGGUUAUCGUGCAGACGGCAGCGAUGCAUGCUUCGUCGAUUUAUGGAGGACGAUUUGUGACGGGUCUUGGUGUCGGGUCGCUAAGUAUGGCAGUUCCUCUUUACAAUGCCGAGCUUGCUCCUCCGGAAGUACGAGGCUCUCUGGUCGCUCUUCAGCAGCUAGCAAUCACUUUCGGAAUCAUGGUAUCCUUCUGGAUCGACUACGGAACGAACUUCAUUGGUGGGUCGGGUCAAACGCAGCAUGAAGCGGCGUGGCGUAUUCCGUUGGCUCUGCAGCUCGUUCCAGCCGUGAUUCUCGGUGUUGGGAUUUUGGUUAUGCCAUUCUCCCCGAGGUGGCUCGUUAACCAGGGAAGAAACGAUGAAGCAUUGGCUGUACUGAGUUCGGCACGUCGUCUUCCUCCAGACUCUGACCUCGUUCAAAUCGAGUACCUAGAGAUUAAAGCGCAAUACCUAUUUGAGAAACAAACGUCUGAGAUGAAGUUCCCUCAGUACCAGGACGGCUCGCGGCUUUCGAACUUUAAACUCGGAGUCUACGAUUAUCUCAGUCUUCUCCGGUCAAGAACCCUGCUUGUCCGCGUAGCCAUUGGCUCUUUAACCAUGUUCUUCCAGCAAUGGACAGGCGUAAACGCGAUUCUGUACUACGCUCCUACUAUUUUCGGAUCCCUCGGAUUGACAGGUACUACUACGUCACUACUGGCAACAGGUGUCGUCGGUAUUGUCAUGUUCCUUGCUACAAUUCCUGCUGUGAUCUGGGUUGACCACUGGGGAAGGAAGCCUGUGUUAAUUUCUGGAGCUUUCCUCAUGGCCGCCUGUCAUCUUAUAAUCGCUGUACUUUCGGGUCUCUUUGAGGAUUCUUGGGGCAGUCACGUAGCUGCAGGAUGGGCAGCCUGUGCACUCGUCUGGGUGUUCGCGAUUGGCUUCGGAUAUAGUUGGGGUCCAUGCGCAUGGAUUCUUGUUGCCGAGAUUUGGCCGUUAAGUGUCCGAGGAAAGGGUCUCUCGAUCGCUGCUUCAUCGAACUGGAUGAAUAAUUUCAUUGUUGGGCAGGUAACGCCAACGAUGCUCACGCAUUUGCGUUUCGGAACUUUCAUAUUUUUCGGGACAUUCUCAUUCAUGGGCGGCCUCUUCGUCCUCUUCUUCGUACCCGAAACAAAAGGUCUCACACUAGAAGAAAUGGACGAAGUCUUCGGUGACGAAUCCGGUAGCAGCGUAGCAGACCAAGAACGUCUUCUCGUUAUACAUAAGCGAAUUGGUCUUGAUGUGUAUGGACGUGCGAGUCCGGUAGAUAUGAAGGGAAGGGAGAGUGAUGAGAAGAUGGAUGUUUCGCACCACGCUUGAGUUGAAUGAGUGUAU